ACGUCUGGGGUCCGCGACGCUUUUGAGAAGCUGAUCGCUGGGGUCCUGGUGACUGACCGGCGGGUCCCGGGCGCCAUGGCGUCCGCCGGGGUGGCCGCCGGGCGACAGGCCGAGGAUGCAUUACCGCCGCCGGCCGAGCCGCCGCUGCCCGAGACGAAGCCGCUGCCGCCUUCGCAGCCGCCGCCUCCGGUCGCCGCGCCUCAGCCGCAGCAGUCGCCGGCGCCGAGGCCUCAGUCACCCGCCGGCGUGAAGGAAGAGGAGAAUUACUCCUUUUUACCUUUGGUUCACAACAUCAUCAAAUGCAUGGACAAGGACAGCCCGGACAUCCACCAGGACCUGAACGCCCUCAAAACCAAGUUCCAGGAGAUGCGGAAAGUCAUCAGCGCCAUGCCUGGCAUCCACCUGAGCCCUGAGCAGCAGCAGCAGCAGCUGCACAGCCUCCGGGAGCAGGUCAGGACCAAGAAUGAGCUUCUGCAGAAGUAUAAGAGCCUCUGCAUGUUUGAGAUCCCCAAGGAGUAGACGAGGCCGGCUUCCAGGAAGGCCCGGGACAGAAGCGGGAGAGCACACGGCCUCCCUGACUCCCCCGACCAGCGCCUCGGAGUCCAGCUGCGAACUCUGUGACCCGGGGCUGCUGUAGGUGCUUCCGGAGCCGAACUUGGCAUCGACUGUGUGGGGAGCCAGCGCUUGGGCUUGGCAUUGUUGGGGCCUCCUUGUAGAGGGUGCGUCCAUAUGUCUAGAUGCAUAAUAACCGGAGUGCCUGCUGGUGGAAGACUGUUCCUGGAGGCUGGGGAGGGGGCCGGGGAUGCCGCCCCUCUUCUGGGGAGGGGGCCAUCUGCUGUGCAUUCAGGCUCCGCGGG